UUCGGUCAUAAUUGAUCAACCUCUUCCACACAAUCCCCCCCUUGUCUCUUUCUCUAUGUGGUAGAGACAAUAUGAGCAGCUCAAGUUCAAUACUCGCUCUACUCAGCCUUAUCUGUUUUACUGGUCAGGGAUUGAUAACAAGGGUGGCAGCAAAGAGCCAUGUACACAUUGUUUAUAUGGGAGAUAGGCAGCAUGACAACACCAAGUUAAUCACAGAUUCACAUCAUGACUUGCUUGCCACUGUCGUGGGAAGCAGGGAAUUAGCCUCGGAAUUGAUGGUAUACAGUUACAAACAUGGUUUCUCUGGGUUUGCAGCCAAGCUCACGGAGUCUCAAACCCAACAACUUUCAGAGUUGCCUGGUGUUGUACGAAUCAUACCAAAUAGCCUUCAUAAGCUGGAAACAACUCGGAGUUGGGAUUUUCUUGGCCUCUCACCUCACUCUCCUUCCAAUAUUCUUCCCAAGAGCAACAUGGGGGAUGGAGUUAUCAUAGGUGUUCUUGACACAGGUAUAUGGCCGGAGUCUGAUUCAUUCAAUGAAAAAGGCCUCGGGCCUGUUCCAUCUCAUUGGAAUGGUGUUUGUGAAUCCGGGGACAAUUUCAAUGCUACAAUACAUUGCAAUAAAAAAAUCAUCGGAGCCCGUUGGUUUAUCAAUGGACUUCUUGCCGAGUAUGCAAAGCCAUUGGACAAAGAAUUCCAUUCUCCUAGAGAUGCACAUGGACAUGGUACUCAUACUUCAAGCACUGCAGCUGGUUCUUUUGUGGCUAAUAUCAGCUACAAGGGCCUUGGUCUUGGUACAAUUAGAGGCGGUGCUCCAAAGGCUCGGUUGGCCAUUUACAAGGUUUGUUGGAAUGUGCUUGGAGGCAAAUGCUCAACAGCUGAUAUGUUGAAAGCUUUUGACGAAGCAAUACAUGAUGGGGUUGAUGUGUUGUCAUUGUCAAUUGGGCAUCCUAUUCCCCUCUUCUCAGAUGUUGAUGAGCGUGAUGGCAUUGCAACCGGUUCCUUUCAUGCUGUGGCUAAGGGGAUUACUGUUGUGUGUGGAGCUGGAAAUAAUGGACCUUCAGCACAAACGGUUUCGAACACAGCACCGUGGAUCAUAACUGUUGCAGCAAGCACCAUGGAUCGAGAAUUUCCUACUUCUAUAACUUUAGGAAAUAAUAAAACUUUCCUGGGUCAAGCUAUGUUUACAGGGACAGAGAUUGGAUUUACAAGCUUGGUAUACCCAGAGUCUAAAGGGCUUACCACUAGAGGUGUGUGUGAAUCCCUCUCACUUAACAAAACUAUAGUAGUUGGAAAGGUGGUUCUCUGCUUCACUACAAUGGGUCGUCGGGCGAUAACAAAUGCUUCAGCAGUUGUGAAAGAAGCAGGAGGUGUUGGCCUAAUCAUCGCAAAGAAUCCAAGUGAUGCUUUAUAUCCAUGUAAUGAAGACUUUCCAUGCAUUGAAGUUGACUAUGAGAUUGGCACUCGAAUUCUAUUUUAUAUCCGGUCUACCAGAUAUCCUCUUGUAAAGCUGAUCCCUCCUCAAACAAUUGUGGGCAAGCCACUCUCUGCCAAGGUGGCUUAUUUUUCCUCUAGGGGACCAAACUCCAUAACACCAGCAACUCUCAAGCCAGAUAUAGCCGCGCCUGGUGUGAACAUACUAGCAGCAACUUCUCCACUUUAUUCAUUUGUGGAGGGUGGAUAUGCAAUGAUGUCUGGAACAUCAAUGUCAACUCCUCAUGUCACAGGCAUUGUGGCUCUUAUCAAGAGAAUGCAUCCUAAUUGGUCUCCAGCAGCCAUCAAAUCAGCAUUAGUAACAACUGCAUGGAGGAACGGCCCAUCUGGUUUACCGAUAUUUGCAGAAGGAUCGCCUCAAAAGUUGGCAAAUUCAUUUGACUUCGGAGGUGGUCUGGUGAAUCCCAAUGGCGCAGCAGAGCCUGGACUAGUAUACGACAUGGGUGCAGCAGACUACAUGGAAUAUCUUUGUGCAAGGGCGUACAACAACUCUGCCAUCUCUCGACUUACAGGGAAAAAGACAACAUGUCCCGUGAAGAAGCCCUCUAUCCUUGACGUUAACCUACCUUCCGUGACCAUACCUAGUCUGAGAAAUCCCGUCACAGUAAAAAGAACUGUAACAAAUGUUGGAGCCCCUGAGUCCAUUUACAAAGCUACCAUUGAGCCUCCAUUCGGUACAAUUGUAUAUGUGAACCCUACUGCUCUGGUCUUCAAUUCCACAGUUGAAAAACUCACUUUCACAAUCACAAUCUCCGCAAUCCACGAGAUGAACACUGGUUACUAUUUUGGAAGCCUUACUUGGGUUGACGGAGUGCAUGCCGUGAGGAUUCCUUUGUCUGUGAGAACUGAGUUCUUACAACCUCAUGAUGAUGAUGAUGAUGAAGACUAAAUUGAAUACUGAAAUAAAUUAGUGCAUUUCAGUUAUGAAAAGCAUUCAAUCACUAUAACAUUAUCCCUCCUGUACUAAAAAUAAGAUACCAAUGAUCCCACGCCUGAAAACGCAAGAAACAAAAAUUCGGAAAAGAAGUAGUGGAUUGUAUGUGUUUCUUGUAUCACCAGAGGGACAGAGGAGAAAGAACUUGUUGACGAAUCUCAAUGUCAUUAUUUUCGCUAGGAAAUUAUGGAGGAAAGCAAUUUAUAAUUUAAUUGUUUAGUUUUGCAUUUGAGUUUCA